ACAAGAGCAGUGUACCCUAAGCUAGCUAGCUUUUAAUUCGCCGACACUAUACGUUCCAUUUUCGAUCUCUCCUGUUAACUACCAGACUCUUUCAACGUUUCUGCACCUGCAUUCUAUAUAUUCUUCCCGGCCCUCAUAUGUGCAUGCUUAGAAUCCAUCUCCUAGCUCUCUAUCUCUUUCAAAUUGGCAAAAAUGGUGCAGUCAACAAAGAAGUUUAGAGGUGUCCGGCAGCGGAAUUGGGGCUCUUGGGUCUCUGAAAUUCGUCAUCCACUGCUGAAGAGAAGGGUGUGGCUAGGCACAUUUGACAGUGCUGAAGAGGCGGCACGAGCAUAUGACGCAGCUGCCAUUUUGAUGAGUGGCCGAAAUGCCAAAACAAAUUUCCCAACAACUACUCAAACUAGUAGUAGUACUACUCCGAAAACUAGUACUAUUAAGGAUUCUUCGUCAACACCAAAUGAUUUAUCAGAUAUCUUACGCGCAAAGCUGAGGAAAUGUAGCAACGUACUCUCUCCAUCCCUGACGUGCUUGAGGCUGGACAACGAGAGCUCUCAUAUCGGAGUCUGGCAAAAGCGAGCAGGUCAACGAUCGGAUCAUUCCAACUGGGUCAUGACUGUCCAACUUGGAAAGAAGAAUAUUAAAGCUGAUGAUGGUACCACCAACCAGCAAAGUGUUUCAUCACCAUCAAUGUUUUCAGAGUCUCCAGCAUCAUCAUCAUUAGAAAAGCCUAAACUAAUAGCAGAUGCUUAUGAAAUGACUGAAGAGGAGAGAAUUUCAUUGCAGAUGAUAGAGGAGCUGCUUAACAGAAAUUGAUAAACAAGGGAGGGAAAGCUAUUACUUGUAGCAUAUCAUAUGUACUAUAAUUACUAAUUUACUUUUACGUACAUAUAUAUAUAUAUAUAUAUAUAUAUAUAUAUAUAUGUGUGUGUGUGUGUGUGUGUGUGUGUGUGUGUGUGUGUGUUCUUGUUGCAUGUAAUAGAAGCUAUAUAUAUAUCUAAAUAGUUUGUAUAUGCAUAUAAGGAAGAAAUGAAUUAAUAACAGUAAACCCUUACUGGAAAACAAGGGUUUCUAAUCAGAAUUAAUCAUAGCUAUCUGUUUAUAAGAUAAUGAAGGAGGAACUUAAUUCUUGUAGCUGUUCUUGUUUAUCAUACAUC